GACCGUAUUCAGUGUACAAACCAGGAAAAUUGUGAGGCAUCUUUCAGUCUGUUUGGACUUCAUGUUUACAGAAGAGAGAUGGAGAUGCCAUUAGAAACAAAAAGGAUUUCUCUGUGCCUGAUUCUCUUUGUAUUAAAUUUGGCAGCAGCUAUUGAAAUCCCGCUUACUGUGCGACAGCUCCCAGCAAUAACAACACAGCCAACAGAUCAGGUUGCUUUCCCUUUCGAUGAGGAAUUUUCAAUCAAGUGUGAAGCUAAAGGAAACCCCCAACCAAUCUUUAACUGGACAAAAGAUGGGAAACCAUUUAGUCUGUUGGAUGACUCACGGAUAACUACAUUUAAUAAUUCAGGAACGUUUGUAGUUAAAAAUCGUGGGAACAUAUCCCUUUUCCAAGGAAAAUAUCGCUGCUAUGCAUCCAAUGAAUUGGGAACUUCUAUGUCAGAGGAAAUUGAGCUAAUAGUUCCAGGUAUUCCUAAAUUUCCUAAGGAGAAGAUUGACCCCAUUGAUGUAGAACAUGGUGAUGCAAUGGUUUUGCACUGCAAUCCUCCCAAAGGCAUCCCACCACUGCACAUUUAUUGGAUGAAUAUUGACUUGCAGCAUAUCCCACAAGAUGAAAGGGUCUCCAUGGGCCUUAAUGGGGACCUUUACUUUGCAAAUGUGGAUGAAAAUGACAGCCGUAGUGAUUAUUGCUGCUUUGCUGCAUUUCCAAAAUUAAGAACUAUUGUACAGAAAAUGCCAAUGACGUUGACGGUUACACGUUUAAAAUAUACUAAUGAUUCCAGUUCAUCUAGUGCAGCCAAGGCAAAUUUAAUCAAAGAAAGAAAACCCAAGCUUCUUGUCCCUGAAUCUUCUGGUCCCAGUUCAGAAGUGACAUUUAUGAAAGGAAUGGAUCUUUUUCUGGAAUGUAUUGCUGAAGGACUCCCAACACCCCAUUUAACAUGGAGAAGGAUUGACAGAGGCAGCAUUUUCAGAGGAGUCACUGAGACUUUUGGAAAAGUUUUGAAAAUAGAACAAGUUACUAGAGAUGACGAAGGAACCUAUGAAUGUGUAGCCUCAAAUGAUUUAGGAGAAACAAAGCAUGAGUUCAAAGUUGGUGUUGAAGAGCCACCCACUUGGGUAAGCAAACCAAAAAGCGGAAUUUUCAGUGUUGGUGGAAGUUUUGUACUGUUUUGUGAAGCUAUUGGCUUUCCUGAGCCAAGUAUAAAAUGGAAAAAAAACGGCAUUCCUCUUGAAGAUAAUGAAAUAAAAUCCAGCAGAGCUGUUUUUUCAACAAGGGAGAUCAGCAUCACUGACUUGGAACUGAGUGACACUGCUGUGUACCAGUGUGAGGCUACCAACAAGCAUGGCACUAUCCUGGCCACAGCAAACAUUGAUGUUCUCAAUAUUCCUCCAGAAAUAUUAACUCCAGAUGGUGAAGAAUAUGUGGCAGUAACGGGUUAUUCAAGUCACUUGUACUGUCAGUUUUUUGCAGUACCCACACCAGAUAUUUCUUGGACUAAAGAUGACAGCAUGCAACUUCUUGAGGUGGAUCAAAAUGGAACCUUGGAGAUUAGAGAAACAAGGAAAGAAGAUGCUGGAUUUUAUACCUGCCUGGUGAAAAACUCUGUUGGGAAACGUGCCAUCACUGCUACUCUCACUGUCAGAGAUGCGACCAAAAUUUCAAUUAUACCUAAGAAUCCACAAGUUUUGAAAUCACAUUCAGUUUUACUGAAAUGUCAUUCUGAAUGUGACCCACAUUUGAAACACCAGUUUAAAAUUUCUUGGAAAAAGGAUGGAGAGGAACUGGAGAUGAAUGACACUGAGGAUGGAAGAAUAAUUAUUAAAAAGGAUACAUUGGUUAUACAAAAUGUGGGCCCAGAAGAUGAGGGAGUGUACACUUGUGAAGGAACUACGUUGCUGGAUAGCGCCACAGACGAUUCCCGUGUAAUUGUCCUGGAUGUCCCUGACCCACCAGGGGACCUCCGACUCUCCGAAAAACAGGCGAGAAAUAUUAGAUUAUCUUGGAGCCCUGGAAGCGUUAACAAUAGCCCAAUUAAUGAAUCCAUUGUGGAAUUUGAAGAAAACCGAUGGGAGCCCGGAAAGUGGCAGGAAUUAAUUAGGCUUCUAGAAAACGACACUACGGUUGUUUUACCACUGAUCCCUUAUAUAAAUUACCAGUUCCGUGUUAUAUCUGUCAAUGCAGUUGGGAAAAGUAAGCCCAGCGAACCAUCAGAACGAUAUGAGACACCUCCAGCUGCUCCAGAUAAGAACCCAGAAAACAUUAGAAUUGAAGCUUCCAAACCACAUGAGAUGAACAUGACAUGGGAGCCAUUAAAGCCCAUGGAGCAAAAUGGACCUGGUCUGGAAUACAAAGUGAACUGGAAACAGCAGGAUACCAGUGAAUGGGAAGAAGAAACAGUGCAAAAACAUUUCCUAGUUUUGCAGAACACCCCUACUUUUGUGCCUUAUGAUAUCAAAGUCCAGGCAGUGAACAAGUAUGGAUCUGGCCCUGAACCUAAUAUAAUUACUGGAUAUUCAAGUGAGGACAUUCCAGAAGCAGCUCCUUCAAAUGUAAUUGUUCAAGUCAUCAAUAGCAGUCUGGCGAAAGUCAUCUGGUCCACAAUUCCAAAAGAUCGGGUCCGUGGACACCUUAGAGGAUAUAAGAUCAACUGGUGGAAAAUCCGAAACCGUCUGGAUGAAAAAAAUCACCACCCAGAGAAACACUCCUUGACAUUUAAAGCAGACCGAAAUGAUGGAAUGAUUCCUGGUUUAGAGCCUUUUAGUAUUUACCACUUAACCGUCUUGGCUUUUAAUUCCAAAGGAAAUGGACCUGAAAGCAUUGCAUAUGAAUUCCGAACCCCAGAGGGAGUCCCAGAAAAACCACACUUUCUAAAAAUACUAAAUUUUGAUAAAGACUCAGUAACAUUGUCAUGGGGACCACCGAAGAAACCUAAUGGAUUCAUUACUGGAUACACAUUGCAAUACCAAAUGAUUAAUGAGACUGACAACAUUGGGCCUUUGCAUGAAAUCAGUAUUACCAAUUCAUCAUCAUUAAGCUUCCGAUUGUCUAACUUAAGCCUCAGCACAAAAUAUAAGUUCUAUGCAAGGGCCUGUACAGUGCAAGGAUGUGGAAAACCUAUCACAGAGGAAGGAAUAACAGUAAACCAAGGCAGUAAAGCUGUCGGGAAGAUUACUGAAGUUAAGCCCAGCCCAAAGAGUCAGCCUGUUGAGGCACUUGAUCCCGGAACUGCAAACACAAUACGACUAAUGACUAAGAAUUGGGUUGAUAAUAAUAGCAUUUCUGCAGAUGUAAUUGAGACCAGGGGGAGAGCUUACACUGGAAUUUAUAAACGAAUCUCUACACAAGGUUGGUUUAUAGGACUGAUGGGUGCCAUCGCUUUGCUUACCUUACUGUUGCUUACUAUCUGCUUUGUUAAAAGGAACAGAGGAGGAAAAUAUUCAGUGAAAGAAAAAGAGGACCUGCAUCCAGAUCCUGAAGGCCAGUCCAUAAAAGAUGAAAUCUUUGGUGAAUAUAGUGACAGUGAUGAAAAGCCGCUCAAAGGAAGCUUGCGGUCUCUUAACAUGGACAUUAAAGGUGCAGAAAGUGCUGAUAGCUUAGUAGAUUAUGGAGAGGGGGACCACAGGAUGUUCAAUGAAGACGGUUCGUUUAUUGGCGCUUACGCUGGAAGUAAAGAAAAAGCCUCGGUUGAAAGCAUUGGGAGUUCCACAGCUACCUUUCCUCUCCAUGCAUAAAAUACUAGCAUGAAUUAUUCAUUUCAGAUCAUCGUAUUUAUCUUUACUUCUCAUCAAAUAUUAUACAAGGCAGAAAUAGGCUGCAGAAAAGUUAAAGACCUGGACAUGCAGCAGGUACAGAAACAGGCAGAUGACUUAAAAAGCUGAUUUUUGAAACUUACUCUUUUUUUCAAGACACUGACAUUUUCGAUUCAUUAAAAAUAA